AUGAAUUCAGCAGGUCCAUCCGUCAUACAUCAAGCCUUUGGAAGUUCCGAUCCUUCGAGCUGUCAGCGGUUAAAGGAAAAUAAGAGUCUUGACUUUCGAUUCGGUCGGGAUAAAAAGGAACAAGUUGCAAGCAGCUUCCGGUUGGCAAUCAACGAUCCUGUCAUUGAACCCGGAGCAAAGCACAGGUCGCACUUAGAGAAACAGUGUUGCCCUCGAAAGUUCAGGGUAACCGAACAGGCGGCAUCGUUUGCGCGAGGCUGUCGCAAUGCGAAAACAAUGCACAAUGCAACAAACAUAUCAGGACCACCUGUCUUUGUAACCUUGCUCAACUCUGUUCCCGUCUCAGCUGAUCAACCACUGAAACCCUCAACAAUGUGUUUUGAUUAUUCUAAGGCUCUCCUGAUACCUGGUCUAGUUAGCAUGAUGUUGGGAUGGAAUGGAGAAUUUGAUCUAAUUGAAUGGCAGUGUGCUUGCUUCUCAGGUCCUACAUGUCUCUCCAUCUCCAACAUGACCAUUAAUGUGCAAAAAUGUCCCAAGGUGUUUUAUGGACAUAUUAACAAACAACAAUUGACAUCAGCCACUCCAGAGGCAUUAAAUCGGUUGAAUAAUGGACUAGUUGAAGAGGUGAACGUCCCUGCCCUGGGGUGGGAUCAUGUGACACGGUCAGGGUCUGCCCUUACGUCACCGACCAGAGCCCGGGCGGCGGGGAACGAGUGCGCAGGCGUGGUUAGUGGUCCGCGGGGCGUGCGGAAGAUGGUUGACGUCGUGGUGUUGAGCAGCGUUUUCCUGGGUUUGAUCGGCGAAGGAGCCCUCAGCCUCUCCUCAUCCGUCGGACUGCAACCCGACUUCAGCUGGCACGGCCAUGACGCUGCUGCUGCCGCCGCCCCCGCCCCUUGGUUGGGCGGCGUCGAUGGGCCUCUGACCCUCGUCGGGGUGCGGGAAGCCCGGAGCCCGCCCGACUGGGAGGGCACCGCCGGCUGGUGGAUGUCCUUUGUCCCGGACGGCUCGCAGCUGUCGGAGGAGCAGGCGGUGAGCCAGAGGUGCCGGCAGCUGCUGGCCGAGUUUGGAGACAGCUGCAAGGCCCUGGUCGGCUGCGCGGUGAAGAACGCGCGGCCGGUGCGGAUCUGCGAGAAGUGCCUCUCGCUCUUUCACGACUUCUGGGAUGCCUUCGCCAAUAUCUCAAAAGAUUCGGGCAACGUUAGUUGUUCGACACAACUUUUGAGAUCCGAUCGUUUGCAAAUAGUCCUGAAGACACAGAAGUUUCUGCAGCAACUUUGGACUGGCUCUCAGUGUGAUGCUUGUUUGAAUGAAAACAAAACGGCACUAUCAACUGACACUGUAAUCUUUAAGAAGUUGCUGAAUGAUACUCUGACUUGUUUUGAACAACACUCUUUGAAACACCCAGUUCAUAGUAACCAUUCAGAUCUUUGCAUUAAGUGCAAAGUUUCUUACAAUAAUUUGACUGAAUACUAUGGUAGAAUGGAAACAAACAAGAACCUGUGCAUAGACAUCAUUGAUGAAAUGAAUUUGACACGGCAGCUAUGGAGCAAAACUUAUAACUGCACUAUCCGUGACAGUGAUAUCGUUCCAGUUAUUGCGGUUUCAACAUUUCUUCUUUUUCUACCAGUUAUCUUCUAUCUCAGCAGCUUCCUUCACUCUGAGCAGAAGAAAUUGAAGCUUAUAGAGCCUAAACGUCUGAAACAUUCCAGCAGCAACAGCAGCACACAUUGAAGAAAGAUUUUCCUGAAAGUUUGCUGAUCUGUUAAUAUUGACCAGGAAGAAUAUUGUGCAUGGAACAAAAGAUGAGGGUUUGUAACAGCUAUGAGAAUGUGGUCUUUGCACCUUUACAUCUUCAUAGUUUAAUCAUUUUGUCAGUAUUUAAGAAAUUGCAUCUACUGAAACUUUGCACUUUGGAAGUGUUCAAGUCUUUUUUUUUCUUUGUGAUUGCACAGUAUCUUUUGUCCCUUUUUGACCAAGUAAACAGUUUCAGGUAGAGGUUCAAGCCAGACCAGGGUGACCUUAACCAUUCACUGCUCAGUCUCAUUGGUGACAUUUCAUUUUUAUUUUUGCAAUUAGUUUAGUUCUGCUACUGUUGAACUAUAACCAAAGUUUGGUAGAUCUUAGCUGGCUUCUGAUUUAAUGUUGGUUGCUACUGUUUACAUUUCAAAAUAAAGCCAUUGCACUGAAAGAACUGAAAACUUAAAGAAAUAUAGACUAUUUACAUUUUUGAUUAAUAACUUCAAAAAGAAGCUGUGAAACACAGCUGAAUCAAAGCACACUGGAUGUUCCAGAAAUGGUCUUCCAUCAUAGUUUGCUGCCUUUUGUUUAACAAUGCUUGAAUUUUAAAUAAUGCACUAAUUAUGCAAAAAGUAGGAGCACUGUAGUUGCCAAUGUGAAGAGUUCUUUUAACUUUCAGCAUCUGGACUGCUGAUUCUUAUUUGUCUUGGAAUGAGUAACUUAAAAAUACACAGCACAAGUAGUUAACAAUGAAAACAAUAUGGUAAAGGUAGAUCUUUAAAAAAAUCAUUGAGGGAAGCCAAGAAUUAGGAUAAGGUUAAACAAAUUUAGAAUUGAUAAUAAAACAAUUAACACCUGAUGUCAAUAAAAUCCCUGGAUUUUUUAAGAAACAAUUGAAUCCUGUGGAGGAGGUUGGAAGACUUGAGUAGAAGCCAAGUGUGGAUAAAACAAAUGGCUUUCAUUAUUUGCUUUUAAACUUGUUUUCUUGCAAUCAGUGCUUAUGUGAAAAUUUAUUUUUAUAAUGUGGAAAAAAAAAAUUGGAUUCUUGUUUCUGUUUAAUGUAUUUGUGGUUUUUGAUAAUUUUAGUUGUGUAUGAAGUGUUCCAUUAACUUUUCUGAAUGACGUGUUAUUAUUUAAAUAUUCUUCAACAUGUUAAGUUUGUUUUUUGCCUGAAACUUAAAUGUAUCAUACUGUGAUACAUUAAUAAUUAAAGUGUUUGGGGAAAACAUUAUCCAAGUGUGGGUUUUUAGAACUUUUCCUCUGCAUUGAGAUUAUCAUGAAAUUUCAGGCUAAAGCUUUGUUCAUACAAACAAAAUAAAUCCUCUAUUUAAGAGUGAAAGGAUCGAGUCAGAUCAAUAUUUUCUUUUCCUGUAUGACAACCAUCUGACCUUUACACAUUAAUUUCCAAGAUUGUGGGCUAUUCAGCCUUUGCCUAUAAUGUUUUUCAACUAAAGCAGCCAACUGGAAUACAGUGGGCUGAUUUUAAACAUGCAACUUGCAUGUGAAUCCACAAAUCCUAUUGGACAGAAGAUGGCUACCAACAUUUCAGCCUUAUAUCGUGGAACCCAAUGUGCAAUUGCCAGUGUUGAAGUUGAUGUUUGUGGAGUUCCUUGUUCAGUUGUCCACACCAAUAAAGAUUACAUGUGACAGA